CGCCAAUUUCACGACAAUCACCACAGCCCUUCGACCCGGCAAAAUCAAUCGACAUGCCUCCCAAGAGCACCAAGAAAGUUGCCGCCGCCCCCUUCCCCCAGGGAAAGGUAGGUGCUGCAUCCAAGAAGGCCGCGAAGAACCCUCUCAUUGAGAAGCGCACUCGCAACCAUGGCGUCGGUCAGGCUAUCCAGCCCAAGCGCAACCUCUCCCGCAUGGUGAGGUGGCCAGAGUACGUCCGCCUUCAGCGCCAAAAGAAGAUCCUCAACCUCCGCCUGAAGGUCCCACCUGCGAUUGCCCAGUUCCAGAACGUCCUCGACCGCAACACCGCCGCCCAGGCUUUCAAGCUCCUCAACAAGUACCGCCCUGAGUCCAAGGCCGAGAAGAAGGAGCGUCUCGUCAAGGAGGCUAGCGCCAUUGCCGAGGGCAAGAAGAAGGAGGAUGUCUCCAAGAAGCCAUACGCCGUCAAGUACGGUCUCAACCACGUCGUCGGCCUGAUUGAGAACAAGAAGGCCGCUCUCGUCCUCAUCCCCAACGAUGUUGACCCAAUUGAGUUGGUCAUCUUCCUCCCAGCUCUCUGCCGCAAGAUGGGUAUCCCAUACGCAAUUGUCAAGGGCAAGGCCCGUCUCGGUACGGUCGUCCACAAGAAGACCGCCGCUGUCCUCGCCAUCACCGAGGUCCGCUCCGAGGACAAGACUGAGCUCUCCAAGCUCGUCCAGGCCAUCAAGGAUGGUUACACCGACAAGUACGAGGAGGCCAAGAGGCAGUGGGGUGGUGGCAUCAUGGGUGCCAAGGCCAACGCUCGCCAGGAGAAGAAGCGCAAGGCGCUCGAGUCUGCCAUCAAGAUCUAAGUGUAAUAACCCAAAAGUCUUGAUUGCGGCUGGUGUCCUUUGGCGUUCCUGGUAUGGUUUCAGUAACAGACCGUGGGAUUGUCAUAUCUCUCUAGCUAGCUCUGUAUCCAUGAAUGAUAGCUCGAUGAUACCAAUUUUACGGAGCA